AUGUCCAAGAGUAGACUACAACAACGGGUGAUAACUUUGGCUAGUGUUAGAUCCCUUGAUUGUAUUAGCAAAAGUUCUGUUACUGCUGAGUUCAAGAAGUACGGUAGCAAUAAUAAUAAUAAUAAUAAUAGUAAUAAGAUUGUUUGGAAAGAGUUUGGAGUCUACUUGGAUAAGAAAGUGGAAACCAGGGUCAACCCUGAUAAAUUCAUAGAUAAUAAAGAAAACAGAGGAAUUUUUGUUGAUAAUUCCAUUCCUGACGUUUCCUAUUUGCAAACUAAUAUCAAGUACAAGAUCUGUACCAGUUGUCAGAGACCUAUUGGAGAAGCCAGUUUGAAAUCUCAUUAUAAAAAGUGUUUAGAAAUGAGACAAAAGAAGAAGGCUAACGUUGCUGCUAAUACAGCUUCUCAUCAUGCUUCUACAGCCAAUGAUGAUAAUGAUUCCACUACUACUAAUACAUCUACAAAACAAAUGAAAAGAAAACGGAAACAUUUACUCGAUGAUGGUGAUAUUUCCUCUGUUAAUUCGAGUAGGAACUCAACUCCAUUUUCAGACUCAGUACCAGUUACAGAAUCUCCAGCGCCAAGUGCAAGUUCUGCUUCCACUUCUACGGCAACAAGACCUAAGAAAAAGUACAAGAAAUCACAAACUCAGAAGGAAAAGGAAGCAGCAAAUGCUGCUGCUGCGGCUGCUGCUAGAGCUGCUGCGGCUGCGAAUGCGGCUGCGAAUCUGUCUCAAACACCAACUAAGAAGAAGAAACCGGCCAAGCCCAAACCUCCUUCAAAGGUAAAAGGGCCGGUGGAUGUCGAAAGACAAUGUGGUGUUGCUUUACCAGGUGGAGGUUUUUGCGCUCGUUCAUUAACAUGUAAAACCCAUUCCAUGGGAGCUAAAAGAGCCGUUUUAGGUAGAAGUGCACCUUAUGAUGUUUUACUUCAACAAUAUCAAAAGAUGAACCAGGCUAAAAUUGCUGCUACAAAUGCUCUUGCUAUUCAAAGACGGGAGAAUGCUGCUUUCCAUUCUGGUGAUGGAUCUAAUGGUCAUACAUUCAAUAAAGUAUUAGAUCCUGAUGAAGAAACCCAUUUGGUAUUGGAAGGGUUAUCUAAGAAUAAUCCUAUGCCCUUGGAAAGGAAAAUUAUCAUGCCUAUGAGGUAUAGACAUCGGUUUUUAAACAGAAGAGAAGCGUAUGCUAAUGCGUUAAUAACUAGUGGAAGUACUUCUUCCAAUUCUAACAGUGCUAAUUCAGACUCAACCUUAGCAACGCAAGCUAUUAGUGGAUCAAUUGGAGGUUUACAAGGACGUUGUGCUUUGAUAAAUGUUGAUGCUCCAUCACAGAAUCCUGAUUGUGAAACCCAAGCUUAUAGUACUAUUUCAGGUGAAAUGUACCAAGUUAGAGCUCCAUCUAGAGCUAUUAUCUUAUCAGCUCAGUUCAACAAUCAACAGCAGAAGCAGUUUCAAGAGCAAAUGUUAAAGCUCCAAGAACAACAACAACAACAACAACAACAAAUGUUGGCCAUGCGUAAACUUCAAGCCCAAAGAGCUCAAGCAGCCGCAGCAGCAACAAACCAAGCACCAUCUGGUGAAUCUCUGAAGACGACUGGGCAACGUGUUCAAGCAAGUCUGAUAUCGAACUAA